CCACCAUGUUCAUCCCCUACAACCCCACCGAGAUGCAACCGGGCAAAUCACGUCGACCCGUCCAUGCCCUGGUCGCCGCCCGCGCCGCCCAGCGCCGCCAACAGCACCAGUCCCCACGGUUCCAGCGUGGCUUGAGCACAUUCGUGGUAGAGCCCGAGCAAGACCCGAAGUCUCGCGAUGAUCCAGACCAAGAUCGACGCCGACGGCCCGUGCAGCGCAUUUCCGAUCGAAGGCCUCCGAGCCUGAGCCCGAUCGGCACGGGGCGGUUCUACCCGCUGGCGACCCCGGCCUCCAAGGGGCCCUGCACCGCCCGCGCGCUCUCUUACUACUUCGACAUCCUCCUCCCGCACGACUCGCAAGUCCUCAGCCACGCCCCCGCCCAGCGCCAGACCUACGGCUCCGUCUUCCUGCACUGGUCCGCCCACCACGACAUCAUGCUGCACGGCCUCGCCGUGUUCGCGCUGUGCACCCUCGAGUCCCAGGCCGAGGAUCUCUCCCCGGCCUCCGAGCAGCUGCACGCGGCCGCUCUCUACCACCGGGGGCGCCUCCUCACCGAGAUCCAACACACCCUGGCCACGGGCCACGUCACCGACCUCCUCAUCUCCGCCCUGACCCUCCUGGUCACGGUGGACGACUACCUCUCCAACGUCGCCUACAGUCGCGCCCACACGGCGGGCUUCGAGGCGGUGAUCCGCGCCCGCGGCGGGGAAGCGCAGGUCGGCUCGUCCGUACCCGCCAUCAGCCAGGACCUGCGGAUGGCAGCGAACGUCGCCCGGAGUCUGUUGGUCCUGCACAUGCAGACCUCCCUUUCCUCCCCCCCCUCCCCCUCCUCACAAGCAGAAUCACUCUCUCCCCCACCUUCAUACCCCCCCACCUUAGACACCUACAACCUGAACCAGAGUCUCGAUAUCCCCAAAGGCUUCGCCACCCUCCUCACCCAAAACCGCAUCACCCCGGCCUCCCUCUCCAUCCUCGCCAGCUUCCACGACUGGCACGACCGAUACCUACUGGUGGACGACCCCAGCAACAUCCCCGUGUGGCGGCACAGCGCCUCCCACCCGUUGAACCCCGUCGAGAAAUGCAUCUUCGUGGCCCUGCUGUGUCUCGCCGACGACGUCAGCCACAUGGGGCUCCACCCGGCCGCCGUGAUCUUCCGGCAACCGAAAAGACGGGCGGAGAUGCUGUUGGCCGUUCCGAGGCUGUGGACGGACGUUGUGCUGCGGGACUGUUUGGUGUGGUUGUGGAUGGUGAUUACCACGCCGAGGAAUCGGGGGUUGACGCCCGUGCGGGUGCAGCGGGGGUUGUGGGACCGAAUCAUCAAGGAGGUGAGGGGGGAUUUAAGGGGGUGGGGGUGGGCGGAGGUGGAGAGGGUGUUGAGGGGGUUUGUGUUUGAUGGGAGGAGGGCGGGGGUUUGGGAGGGGACUUGGUGGAGGAUGGUGCGUGGGGAUGGGGGGGUUGAGGGGUGA